AUGGCAACGACACUCGACAUUUUGUGCUUUUCCUUGUCACUGCUGUCGGCAGGAUGCCUCACACACCUUGUCCCCAUUUCGACUGCCUUCGACCGACCCAUUCACACUGUAGUCCUUGCGCUUACGGCCUGUUCGUUCGCUUUACCGAGUGCCAGCCGAGCGAUACCUCGAUUAUUCCCACCUUCGGACGCGAAGCAUAUUCGAGGCCAAUAUACGGCACUGCCUCUGGAAGAACUCGGCGAGGAGCCCAAUGGAAGAGUGGAAUAUCCAAAUACCACUCCGUCGCAACACAGACACAUCGGCAAAGUUCGCAUCUCGGUGCUGACCCUAGCAGUUUCUACCUUGUCUUUGCGCAUAGAACUGUAUCGGCGCAUUUCCCUGGCGACAGAAUGCACCAUCUCCAGUGUCGAAAUGUUUCUACCGUUCUUGUUGGCAGUCUAUGAUUGCUUCAGGUUCCAGCGCUCGGUCGCCUUGCAGCAAGAGGAAAAGCCCGACAGCUCUAUCUAUGAGUCAUUGAGUUCAGCGGCUAGGGCCUACGCUUUGAGACGACGAACUCGGUAUCUCCUGUCGAUAUUUAUAGUCUCCUAUGGAUGUUGUCUCACCCAAGGUCUAUGGACGUCAACGAACUCGACCUAUAUCUGUUCCCAAAGCCUCGGCGAACCGAAGACAAUCCCCAUGAUGCAACUCGGUGCCCUUGCGCUGGACUUUUGCCUUGCCGUCAUUGCCUGUGAGACUAUUCCAAAAUCCGAUGGUAGCGGUCCUUCGGGGCAACGAUGUGUAAUCCUCUGGAGUUCAACCAUGAUGGCCACGUCAAUUAUCUGGUCGAUCGCGGCUAUAUUCGUGUAUAUUUUCAAGCCAGAGUACCGACUCUGGCUUUCGUUCCUUUUUCCGCCCCUGGAUAUUGGCACAAUAUUUGCCAUGGCAUGUCACAUUUUCCUUUUCUGCGUUUUGUGUAUAUCGCUUCUGCAUAGUAUUAUGACUUACGGCGCAUUGGAAAUGACGACGUAUCUUACGGCUUUUAUCACGAUGAUACCCGCCAUCGAGUUUAUUUGGUCGCACAGGAAUCCUUUUCCUCAAACGCCAUUCUCUGCAACGACAUUUUCCUUCCUCUUGAUCUUUCUUGGCCAGUGGGCAUAUCGCUGGAUACGACAGGAGCUGGGUGGAAAAGACCCGAUACGACCGUCUCGGCAAUUCCUGCUCUUUGUUGUCCUCUGCAUUGCCAUCUUUCCCGCUUGGCUGAAGAAAGACUAUGUCCAUUUUCAUCCGAUUGAUAUGCUCAUGUACGAUGCCACGCUGCAUCAUAACAAGUAUCUCGAGACAGUUGGAAGCACUUCGUCUCUAGCAGAGGCAGUUGCUGGAUACGCGCACAGAUACAAUCGGAACCCCCCUCCUGGAUUCGACAUCUGGUUUGAAUACGCAAAGAACAGGUCUGUGUUGAUAGUGGACGAAUAUGACCAGAUUUACCAUGAUCUGCUGCCUUUCCGUGCGGUGCCGCCAUCUGAGCUGAGAAGCCAGACGUGGAAAAUGGUAUCUAAUCCUUGGAAUGAGAUUUCGGGGAUUACCAUCCGUGACGGAGAAGCAAAGGUACAAGAAAACGUCCUGCCAACUCAUCGAUGGAUGCUUGAGGGUGUUGCCGUUCUCAUCAACAGUUUUGCACGAUACCUGCCUGAUAUGGAUUUGGCUUUCAACCUGAACGACGAAUCGAGGAUCGCUGUGCCGUAUGAGCAGAUGAAGGAUCUCCGAGAAAGAGGUCGAGCACAGGAUAAAAGCGGUGCAUCAAGUUGGUCCGCCGAUCGUGCAGGAGGCUGGCUUCCGAUUCCUGAAACGGAGUAUACGGAAACGAUAUUUCGCGAUAAUUCCUGGCGAAACAGCUUCCGUGCCUUUGGCUCGGUGAGCUGUCCUCCUUCCUCUCUCGCACGAUCUUCUCCACACAUAUCAUCCCAGUCACACAUCUGCGGUAACUGCGUGGCUCCGCAUUCUCUGGGUCAAUUCGUGGGCAACUGGUCUGAUGCAGCAGACGUGUGCCAUCAGCCAGAUCUAGCCCACCUUCACGGCUUCUACCUCUCCCCUGCGGCGUUCAAGACGAGCUAUCAGCUCAUGCCCGUUUUCUCUCAAUCUAAGCCGCACGGCUACAGCGACAUCCUGUACCCUUCCGCGUGGAAUUAUAUGGAUAAAGCCGUCUAUGCGCCGACUGACCCCCAAGGCACACCCGGAGAAGAAGACUACAACCCAGGGUUCCCAGACCCACCAUUCGAGGAGAAGGAAAACGUUCUCUUCUGGCGUGGCGCCACCUCUGAGGGUGUCUCGUCAGACAACAGCGCCUGGCGCGGCAUGACCCGCCAGCGGCUUGUGCACAUGGCCAACAAUCUGACCAACCAUCCGCACGAUACUGUGACAAUUCUCCUCCCCAGCCCAGCAGAUCAUUCCAAAUAUCAGUACCAAACGAUUUCUGGCGCCGACGUCAAGAAGCUUGGCUUGCAAACAGACAUUGCAAUCGUGGACUUCAUCGCCCGGUGCGGCGGCAAAGACUGCACGGACCAGGAGCAAGAAUUCAAUCUAGUGGGACCGACAGAUUUCCAAGCGCACUGGCGGUAUCGGUUCCUUUUCGACCUCGACGGCGCCGGGUUUUCGGGGCGCUUCCUGCCGUUUCUGCACUCGCACUCCCUGCCCUUCAAGACCGCCCUGUUCCGCGAGUGGUACGACUCGCGCCUCACAGCAUGGCUGCACUUUGUGCCCCAAGAUGUCCGGUUGCACGGUGUGUGGAGCAGCCUGGCGUACUUUGCGGGCGUCAAUGGCACUAUGUUCGGCCACAAGAUCUGGUGGAAGCCGCACGUCAAGGAGGCCGAGAUGAUCGCCGAGAGUGGGAGAGAGUGGGCGGCAAAAGUGCUGCGCAAGGAGGACAUGGAGUCUUACUUUUUCCGACUGUUGCUCGAGUGGGCAAGGUUGACGGAUGACAAUAGGGAUGAGUUGGGGUUGGUGCUUUGA